AUGUGUAAGGAGAAUGACACAUGUCAAGGAAAAAAGGGAAAAGGUCCAAAGGAGAAGAAGGGAAGCGGAGAAUCAGAAAGAAAAGAUGAAGGAGAAGGAGAGGGGGAAGGAGGUCCAUGGGAGAUAAGAGGGGACGGAGAGGAGGAGACCUCCUCCCCUACGUGGCUAGCGAUGCCAGGAAACCGAGAGGGGAUCGGAGCGCGAUGCUGGCAAGGACUGGAUCUAAGGUGGCUUCCUACAGGAGUGGGUAGGGCUGGGGGUCAUGGAUCUCAAUUGGUUGGCUAUGGAGGAGGAAGGGUUGGGCUAUGGGUUGGGGAAGGGUAG